AAUGAAUGGUGUUUAGUAUUGUACUUUAGUUGUCGUAAGUGGAAGUGAAACGCGUUAGGAGACAUUUCGAUCGAGCUCGCAGCGAACAUGUCGCUGCUGUUCUCGUCCAAGUGCGCGGAGCACGCGCUUCGGAAGCUAAGAACAAUGUUUGCAUUCCAUUAAAUCGGAGCGCGUUAAUACGGGGAAUGACAUUCGCGUAAGCUUUAAUUUACAGAACAACUCCGCGUGCACGCUGUGGUUCUAUCUGCUGCGUCGGCGCCCGUAAAUAAUUAGUACUUCUGAAAGAAAAAAAUAAAAAAAAUUAAACGAAAAUUAAAUAAAAACAUGAAUUUUAAAUCCAAAGUGCAACGCGUGCGAAAAACAAAGUCAACAUACGCACAUAUUGCAGCGCGGCAUAAUUAACGCACACAUUGGCGAUUGCACGCUCAUCCCGCGACGCAACGAAGUACACAGCUUGUCCCUUCGCUGGCGGGUGGCGUCGAGUUCGCGCAUAUUCCGCUUUUAAUUACCACGAAUUCGCGCAGAAGCAGCGAUAUUUAUGCGAAUUACAUAUUUUGCCGCGCAAUAAGCGAGCAGUAAAUUGUAAAACAAAACGACGAAGUAAACAAAAACAAAAGUUUAAUUGUAAUAAAAGGCGAAUGUAAGCGUAAAGCAAAGCGCAGAACGCGUGAAAGCGAAACAUUGGAAGAUACAUAGGUACUUUUGGCAAAUGGCGAAUUUUUAAUUCAAUUCGCCCUCUUCCCUGCACUUUUGCCAUCAGUAACAAUGAGAACCACGACAAAAAAAAAAGACAACAAUAGUCACUGCGAAAUAAAUAUAAACAAAUAACGAAAAUUAAUUGAAAUCGUUUUACAUGCCACAUUCGAGGCGGGUGCGCGCGUGAUAAAACGAAAAGCCGAACAGUCCGCCAAGAAUAGCAACAAAGAACACAUAAAAGUACCAGAUAAAAAGCAAGCCACAAAAGCGCCACAAUGACUAUGAAAUCAAUGAAAUACUCCGAUUGUGAUACGAUCAUGGAUGGCUAUAAUCCGGUGCCGCCUCCAUUGCCGCGGCGCGUACCGCCCGUACGAAAUAUCUACGCCGAGCCAUUUGCACACGAACCCAAUCAUUCAAGCAGAUUGGGUCCAAUGCCGGGCGGGCAUCAACAACAGAUGGCGCAAAGUAUGUCAACAGGCAACAAUACGCUGGGUCACGGCGGCAUCGACCGGGGCGGCGGAGUGCCCGGUGGCGGAGGUGGGCCAGGCAUGAAUGGACCGGGGGGACCGCAUUGUCAGAUGAGCGGCUCACAGCCGUUGGUAAUGCCCGGGUUCCCGUUGCGUAACUCACACUCAGCGCAUACACCGCACUACUCGCCCUAUUCGCCAUCCAGGUUUCACAUAGAUAAGCGCUGCCAGCACCGAUGUUCCUGGAAAUGUUUAAGUAUCGCCUUAAUACUAGUAACAGUCGUCCUAAGCGCCAUGUUGACCUACUUCGCAGCUGUCAGUUCGAUGAAGCCCAACAUGGACUCAACAAAUUGCAUCCUAGUCCAAGAUGUAAAGUCGCAACCACACGACUUGCAUGGCAACGUGAAAUCCAGUGGAAGCAGCGCCAGUGGCGGCCAAUUGCCAACCGCCUACCCCACAGAGGAGUCAAUACAAACGAGCACAUCGGACCACAGUGGAACCAGUAGUGGCUAUGGAGGCAUGCAGAACUCGGCGCCGUCGCUGCAGCUUCAACAGCAGCAACAAUUGCUGCUGCAGCAACAGCAGCCAAAUGCCAUCAAUCAUCAACAGACAUUGGCCGGCGUCCCACAAGAUGCCACCUCCCAUCUGCAGGACCAAUCGUACACGGCACAGCAACAACAGUCCUCACAGCAUCAACAGCAGCUGUUGAAGUGGCCGCAGGUGGUGGAGUUGAAGGACUUCAAUGAAUUCUACCACGCCAACAUACCACCCUAUCAGUUCUGGAACCUCGAAUUUCGCAACAAGCACCCGGCCUUCAUACGCUUCAAUUUCACGCUGCCGUGGGGCGCCAGCUUUGCGGUCUAUUCGCGCCGCAACGUAGCACCUUCUGUUACGCAGCACGAUUUCGUCGAGUUCAUCAAGGGCGGUCGGCUGGAUAGUCACCUGCGGCACAAACGCGCCGCGCAAUGGCGGAAUGAAAGCGUUCAAGGCUUCAAGGACUUCGACACGGACAUGCAAUGGCGGGUUGGUGAAGAGGACGAUGAUGAUGAUGAGCUGCAACGCGCGUCACACGAAUCGAAUAACGGACCGCGCCGGUCGUCCAGCUUCUAUGCUGAUGAAGGCGAUUCUCUGGAUGAGGCGGAUGAUGAUUCGGCGGCAAUGGCGGAAAUCGAUGAUUAUGGAGGAGGCGAGUAUGAUGUCGAAACGCCGCUAGAUACAGCCAAGCAUUUUGCGCAGCGUUCGAGAGCGACUCAGCGCCGGCUAUACAAGCGUUCGGCCAUUGGCGUGGCUGGCGCUGGAGGCAUGGCCGACGGCAUGGGCGGACUACCCGCGCUCGAUCUGGACACAAUGAUGGUGAAUGUAUCGCUGCUGCAGUACCUGGACACGGGCUUGUGGUUCAUCUCCGUUUACAAUGACGAAUUGGUUGCACAUUCGGUGACGUUGGUGGUCGAAGAGGCGGAGGGCGUGAGCACAACAUGUCCCAAUGACUGUUCGGGGCGCGGCAGCUGCUACCUUGGCAAAUGCGACUGCAUCGACGGCUACCAAGGCACGGAUUGUUCAAAAAGUGUCUGUCCGGUACUUUGCUCCGCUCAUGGCCAUUACGGUGGUGGCAUCUGCCACUGCGAGGAGGGUUGGAAGGGAUCCGAAUGCGACAUUCCCGUCGGCGAGUGCGAGGUGCCGAACUGCUCCAACCACGGACGCUGCAUAGAAGGCGAAUGCCACUGCGAACGCGGCUGGAAGGGGCCAUUCUGCGAUCAACAUGACUGCCUUGAUCCCUUGUGCUCCGGCCACGGCACUUGCGUGGCUGGUCAGUGCUACUGCAAGGCCGGCUGGCAAGGCGAGGACUGCGGCACCAUCGAUCAGCAAGUGUAUCAGUGUCUGCCCGGCUGCUCCGAGCACGGCACGUACGAUCUGGAAACGGGUCAGUGUGUGUGCGAACGUCAUUGGACCGGACCGGAUUGCUCGCAAGCCGUAUGCAGUUUGGACUGUGGGCCGAACGGUGUUUGUGAGUCGAGCAAAUGCCGCUGUAAUCCCGGCUGGACUGGUAAUCUCUGCGAUCAGCUGCCCUGCGACGCCAGAUGUUCGGAGCAUGGACAGUGUAAAAACGGAACCUGCGUGUGCUCGCAAGGCUGGAAUGGACGGCAUUGUACGCUGCCUGGAUGUGAGAACGGCUGCUCGCGUCAUGGCCAAUGUACACUGGAAAAUGGCGAAUAUCGCUGCGACUGCAUUGAAGGAUGGGCCGGAUCUGAUUGCUCGAUUGCGCUGGAAAUGAACUGCAAGGACAACAUUGAUAACGACGGCGACGGAAUGACGGAUUGUUCGGACAGCGAGUGCUGCUCGCACCCCGCCUGCGCGGAGCAUAUCAUGUGCCUGUCUUCCAACGACCCUGUGGAGGUGCUGCUGCGCAAGCAGCCACCCUCCGUGACCGCAUCCUUCUAUCAGCGCGUCAAAUUUCUGAUUGAGGAGAACUCGGUGCAGUCGUACGCACACAUGGACGAAUACAGUGAAAAUCUCUUCUGGAGUUCAUUCACGCCUUGGUAAGUUGACAAUUGCGAAUCUCAGAGAAAUCGAUAACUCGAUCAGGACUCAUAUCGGGCAAUUGAAACCCGACAAAAUAAGAACAGAAAACACAUAUUUCAUUUUAUAGUUUCUUUCGUCAAUGUGUUUCGUUUUCCGAUGUAUCUCGAAAUCAGAACGAGCAAAAACGAGCAGAGGACUUUGCCACUAAAUCACAAAAAUUCGAUUUUACUGCAAUACAAAAAUACAUUUGUACAUAAAUACAAAGUUAUAUACAUAUCUAUACAUGUAUUGAUACUAUGGAACGAAGAUCAGAGAUGGGAGCAAACUUUUUAAUUUU